GUCGGAUUGAAUUAAUUCUUGUCCAACAUUCAUCGACCGACGUCCAUCAUAUCAGCACUAUGAGGGCCGUCUCUGCUUCCGUGCGCCAGAUGCUAUGGCGCCGUCCGUUCUCCUCCACGGUCAUCCGGGCUUCGACUUCUACCUCGGUGCCUCGUGUUGCGUCCGUCUGGCAAUCCGUCAUCCCAAAGGCAUUCAGGAAACCCGAUGACCCCGUGUCUGUCGCCGAACGUCAAAAGGCUGCCGCUAUGAAGUCCAAGGACUGGAAUCCUGCGACCUUCUUCAUUGUCAUCGCUCUCUUGAUUGGCUCCAAUGCCAUCCAGAUGAUCGCGUUGAGGAACGAACGCGUCGGCUUCACGCGCAAGACGGAAGCAAAAAUCGCUCUCUUGCGUGAGACGAUAGAGCGCGUCCAGCGUGGAGAAGAUGUGGAUGUCGAACGCAUCCUGGGAACUGGCGAUCCAGAAAAGGAGCAGGAGUGGGAGCAAGUCAUGCAAGAACUCGAGUCAGACAACGUCCUGUGGAAGAAGAAGGCUGCACACCCGCAGCAAGACCAGGAGAAAGCUCAAGCACAAGCUCCAGAGCAGAAGGUGACAGACGAAAGUCCCAAGAUGGUCUCACAGAUCCCCAUCCCCGAGCCGCAACCUACUGCUAGACGACCAGGUUUCUUCUAAGUCGUCCAGUGCAUGCGAUUCUUGUUGAAUCUGUGGGACGCAUCGAUGAGGUUGCUGACAAGAUGUCAAUGGUACUCGGACGGCCAUGUGCAUUCCGUAUGCACCCGCGCGCCAAUCGGCAUGCGUGAGGAGCGACUUCCCUUGAAGCAUCGCAUUGUGCACGAGUCGACCACGGCACGGCUGACCACCAGCUCUCCGACUUUGGGCUAUGGGUAUCCUUGUUUCUCAAUCUCUGCAGUUCUGCUUUGCCUUCGUCUCUGUUCUUCGUGCUCGUAAAUUGUUGUUUGUCGCACCCUGCAGCGUCGUUCGUCUUGGUCUGCAUGCAAGGGCGAUCCAAGCCAAAUUUGCUACCUCCUUCCCGAUCAUGAGCUCGAUCACAAACGAGUUGCGUGGUCUCCACGUGCAUUUGUAUCAGAGAGAAGGAUCUACCAACAC